AUGCCAGAAGGCCACGACGGGUAUACUGUUUUGUCUUCCCAGGAUCCUUCCGUGGGCUCCGACGACCAGGAGAAAUGUUCGGAUCAGCUAGGGCCCAAGAGCGUAGAAGUUCUCGCGUGUAAAUUCGUCAUUGUAGCUUCAGUCGUUGCAGUAUUGUCGGGGAUAUGCAACAUCACCAUUUUGUGGAUCUAUAGCGCCCGAGGGUCUACACCAAUACCACGACUACUGCAUGAUCUACCGAGACCCAACCCUUACAUCGGCUUAGAACGGGCGACCCUCAACCCGUUGUCCCCAGAGCCACGGCCCAUCAUAAACUUUCCAAUUCUUGCGGCCCAGGUCAAUUCGGAGGAAGUAAACAAGGUCUACUUCGAUGUUCCGAGUUUGAAAACGCCAUACGGUACGGUUUAUCCAAGAGAGACUAACUUUACGGUGUCUUCUGGGGUAUCGAUGAUUCUCCAGUUUCGUGUCAUGGACUUCGGCAUGGAACGUUGUACUUUGAUGGGCGCCAUUCCAAGCGCCGCAGACCUAGAGCGCUCUGCAAAGUCGGUUCCGGUCGUUUCCAGUGAGGCUGCGAAAUUGGAGGCCUGGUUCCUUGACGACAACGAUGUCCAACUAAAUGCCGAGACACUUUCUUAUUCGAAUCGGCCCCGUCGGAAGGCCCUGGCGGGCGUUUGGGGGGCGACAAUGGACCAAAGGGUGCAGAUAUCCGAUACCUUUGAAUGCCCGUCGAGAUCCCUGCUUACUGUCGAAUUUGUUUGCACGGAACCUGAGUGUUAUCUCCAUUUCAAGCAAGACGAAGAUGAACCAACCAUGGGUCCGCUUUAUAUUUCUAUUCUGUUUGCAUGA